AUGCUCAUCCGUGUUGAGCGAGCAGCGCCAGUGAGCGUCCACCUGACGCCCCGGGUAGUGGUUGUUGAUGCUGGCGGAGUGGGUAUGAUGAGGUGCCAAGUGGGUGGCUCACGCCCACACUCCAUCACAUGGUACAAGGAUGGUCAUGUCAUCACCCCGGCAGGGAGAAUAGCAAUUACAGAGGGAGGUGCCGUCUUGGAGGUACGAGGUGUGAGCAAGGCAGACGCAGGCAUGUACCAGUGCUUUGUCAGGGAGGACCAAGAGACUAUACAAGACUCCGCAGAGCUCAGGCUGGGAGCCUCCCCGCCUGAGCUGGAGUACAAAUUCAUCAGCCAGACCAUCACUCCUGGACCAAGUGUCUCUCUCAAGUGUAUCGCAUCAGGCACUCCCACUCCCACUAUCUCGUGGGCACUGGACGGCUUUCCCCUCCCACAGAACGAGAGGCUGGUGGUGGGGCAAUACGUCAGCGUCCAUGGUCAGGUGAUCAGUCACGUCAACAUCUCCGGAGUGAGAGUGGAGGAUGGAGGGAGUUACUCCUGCACUGCCUCCAACACUGCUGCCUCUGUCCUCCACGCUGCCCCCCUCCAUGUCUACGGACGGCCUCUGGUACGGUCUAUGAGUCCCAUGUCUGCAGUGGCCGGGGAGACAUUCACAGUGAGGUGUCCAGUGGCUGGCUAUCCAAUCAGCUCCACUACUUGGUCCAAAGGUGGCCGCACACUGCCAAUCAACCGUCGUCAACGGGUGUCACCUGAGGGUGAACUGUCCAUCACGCAGGUGAGCCGCGUGGCUGACGAAGGCAGUUACACCUGCACCGCCUCCAACAAGCAAGGACACACCUCCUCCCAGGACCUGCAGCUGCGUGUUGUUGAGCCGCCGCGCCUGGCACCCUUCACCAUGCCGGAGUCACUGUGGGCGGGGUCAAGGGUGGCAGUACAGUGCCUGGUGGUGCAGGGUGACCCGCCUGUGACCCUCACUUGGCUCCACAACGGCAACCCCGCCACUGCUACCCCAGGGGUCAUCGUCAUGCCCCUGGGGCAGUUCGUCCUGGCACUCUUCAUCGAGAGACUUCAACCUCAACACUCUGGGAAUUACACUUGCCAGGCUAGCACUCCAUCUGCCACAGCUUCACACUCCGGCACUCUGAGUGUUCAUGUGCCGCCCUCCAUCAAGCCAUUUGACUUCGGCUCACUGGUGUCAGGGAUGAGGACAGCAGUGACGUGCGAUGUACAGAUGGGCGACCCACCCAUGACACUCUUAUGGCUGUAUGAGGGCCACGUCCUGACACCCACUGCUGACCUCCAGCUAAGCCAGCACGACUCUUUCUCGUCCAGCCUGGUGCUGACUCACGUGCGCCCUCACCACGCCGGUAACUACACCUGCGUGGCACGCAACGAGGCGCGCGAAGUGCGCUACACUGCUCAGCUUCUAGUGCGCGUUACUGUAAUUUCAAAUCUCCUUAGAAAAAUAUCAGGUGUCGUUUUCCCAGUUUUGAGAGAGUCCGUCUGGACUCUGGCAGCUACCAGGUUUGAGAGAUCCGUCUGGACUCUGGCAGCUACCAGGUUUGAGAGAGUCCGUCUGGACUCUGGCAGCUGCCAGCUACCAGGUUUGAGAGAGUUCGUCUGGACUUGGCUGCCAGGUUUGAGAGAAGCCGUCUGGACUCUGGCAGCUACCAGGUUUGAGAGAGCUCGUCUGGACUUGGCAGCUGCCAGGUUUGAGAGAGUCCGUCUGGACUCUGGCAGUGCCAGGUUUGAGAGAGUUCGGUUGGACUUGGCAGCUCCCAGGUUUGAGAGAAGCCGUCUGGACUCUGGCAGCUACCAGGUUUUGAGAGAGUCCGUCUGGACUCUGGCAGCACAGGUUUUGAGAGAGUUCGUCUGGACUCUGGCAGCUGCCAGGUUUGAGAGAAGCCGUCUGGACUCUGGCAGCUACCAGGUUUGA